AUGAGUCUCAACGUGGAUAUGCCGCAGCAUAAAAUAGAAAACAUGUCAUCUCAUACUUCUUCUAAAAUUGUCAUUGGUUGUCGGAAAUCGGAGCUUGCACUCACCCAAACUCGGUCUAUUAUAUCCGCACUGAACCAGACACUCGACCCCUCCCCGACAUUUGAAAUCGCCACAAGCAGUGUCGUUGGCGAUGCAGAUAAGCAAACGCCCUUUAUACUCCUCUCCAAGCAAACGGGCGGAUCGGAUAUUGGCAAAAGCCUCUGGACAAAUGGGCUUGAAACGGACUUGCUUGCUGGCAAAGUCCAAUUUCUCAUUCAUUGUUUAAAAGACAUGCCCACAACGCUGCCGCCGAAAUGUCUUCUUGCAGCUAUCCCUGAGCGCGAGGACUGUUCUGAUGCAGUCGUAAUGAAGUCCGACUCGGGUUUUAAAUCCAUCGACCAAUUACCACCUGGCUCUGUAGUUGGAACGAGCUCUUCAAGGAGAAGAGCUCUCGUUCGGAGGAACUGGCCUCAUUUGGAGGUGGUAGAAUGUCGCGGAAAUUUGGAUACUCGCCUUGCUAAACUUGACGCACCCGCUUCGCCGUUUUCAUGCAUUCUCUUAGCAACCGCGGGAUUAUUGCGCCUAGGACUCGGCCAUCGGAUAACGCAACGACUGGAACCUACCAUCUUCCCUUAUGCAGUUGGACAAGGCGCACUCGGUAUCGAGGUUAGCACAGACAUAGACCGUCAAGGCAUCGUGCAGCUUGUUCAACAUGUCGACCAUAAGCCAUCGAGAUGGCGCGGAAUGGCAGAGAGGGCGAUGCUUCGAAGUCUUCAAGGAGGAUGUUCGUCCUCAGUUGGUGUUUGGUCUUCUUUUGAGCCAGACACACAACAACAAGGCUCUGGUAGCGGCACCCUUCGCUUGCGAGCUACGGUUAUCCACAUAGAAGGAUUGUCGGAGCUCUCUUCUGAGGAUGUGGGUACUGUCCAGUGCGAUGAGGAGGCAGAGCAACUUGGUGUCUCAGUCGCGAAUAUGCUGCUUGAGAAGGGGGUGCGGGAUCUAUUGCCAGAACACUUAUAA